UCCAAGAGAUUCAUUGGACCUUCACCCAAAAUGGCGGACGAAGAUGCAGAAGACUCUACUGAAUUUGAGGGUUUGUCUCAUAGCGAGGCGAUGUCUAUAUUCAGAAAAGAGUUGUCUAAAGUAAUGCAGGACCCACUGCUUGUUGGUUUACCUAGUGAACCCACAGUAGAAGAGAUAACUGCGCAGUUGGCAUUAGAGCAUGGCCGUGCCAUCAUGGUGAAUGUGCGGCAGCAAGACAAAAUGGCAACGAUAUUACCUGUUGUCGUUGUUCAAGACGCGACUGUCCUGGAUCUAAAGAAGGCCAUCCAGAGACACAUCACAUUGAAGCAGACUCGUGAGGGUGGAGCUACGUACAUCAGCUGGAAGUAUGUCUGGAGAACAUUCUGGCUAAUGUUUGAGGGGCAGAAACUGUCAGAUGAUCACAAAUCACUUAAAGAGUAUGGUAUUUCCAGUAGAGAUGAAGUAACAUUUGCAAAACGACUCAAAAGAAAGUGAAAUAAGAGAUCAUGCUGUAUUAUAUUGUAAAUAAUUUUUAUAUAUUGAGAAAUAGAAACAAUACACCAAAAACUGGAAUUCGACCAAAUUUUCGUCUUUAAUAAGACUUCUUCAGGGCACCCAGCAGCAUUGGUCAUAAUGCAAACUUGAAAUACACAUUUGAUCAUUACAGUAUCGGAAACCAUUGUUGAAUAGAAUAAAAAAGCCUAAACUGUCGUGAUCUUGUACCAGAACAAUGAAUACAAUACACCAGAGUCGAAUUCCAGUUUUUGGUGUAUUAAACCAUUGUUUAUUUUCGCCAGGCAAGCAGCUUUUAUAUUUUAACAGUAAAAUUUAUUUAAAUGUAAAAUAUAAAAUUACUCUUAGGGGACUUAUUCUUUAAACCUUGCAAUACAAUAAACCAUAUUAUUCUUGACUCUAUUACCUCCUCAAUAAUAUAAUUCUUUUUAUGUGCCAAUUUCUCUGGUACUCCAAGUCUUUGCCAUUUUUACAAGCUAAAAACCUCCUUACAGCUGUUAAACAGCAUGAAGCUUUCCUAUAUACUGUUUAUGGCAUUUUUGUUGAUAUAUUUCGCCAUAUUUCAGGAAUUCAAGUAAGAUAGAGGAAACAUCUUCAUCUUUUGUCACUGUUAUUCAAGCGGGAGGUCUUGUCAGCUUGACAUUUGAUUGACAACUUACCAGUACAGACUCUUUAUAGUACAGUUUCAUGUUUAACAUUAAUUCUAUGUAACCUGUUUUCAGUCCAUAAAUACUCUUUAAACCUG